AAAAUGUGUUCAGUUUGUCUGUGUCUCUCACUUAAUGUACAUCUUUAGUGCUUCAUCGUGCUGUAUCUGAAGUGAAGUGAGAUAAUCUUAAAAAGUUUUUUCUUGAAAAUGGGAUAUCUUUUUGUUGGCCAAAUCGUUCAUUCAAAAUCAUUUGAUGAACUGGAAGUUAUCGACAAUGGUUUCCUAGCCGUAGAAAAUGGAAAAAUUAUAGCGAUAGGAGACGCUACACAAUUGCCUAAUUGGAGAAAAGAUACAAGCAAAUAUGAAGUGAUUCGGAUGACGAAGAAUCAAUUCAUUUUGCCUGGAUUUAUUGACUGCCACAUUCAUGCUCCCCAAAUGCCCAACAUUGGACUUGGAUUGAACAUGGAACUCCUUGAUUGGCUUAAAACCUACACAUUUCCCAUGGAAAGUCAGUACAAAGAUUCUCAGUUUGCUGCGUACGUUUAUGCUAAAGUUGUGAAAAGAACCUUAACGUCAGGGACUACAUGUGCGAGUUACUACGGAACUAACCAUAGAGAAGGUACUAUGAUUCUGGCUCAGGAAUGUCUAAAACAGGGUCAGCGCGCUCUAGUGGGCAAAGUUUCAGCCAAUCAAUCAACCGUAGAUUAUUACAAGGAAACUACCGAAGAGUCAAUCAGGGAGAAUAAGGCUUUCAUCGAAGGCAUUAAAGCUCUGAAUUCCGACUUGAUAAGCGUAACGAUAACUCCAAGAUUUGCCCUAUCUUGUGACCAAUACCUGAUGAAUGAAUUGGGAAAGUUGGCAAAGGAGCACAAUUUGAACAUUCAGACUCAUAUUUCGGAAAAUCUUGGGGAAAUCGCUGCAGUGAAGGAAGUAUUUAGGGCUUCUAACUAUGCGAGUGUUUACGAUUCGGCUAACCUUCUAACACCAAAAUGCAUCCUUGCUCAUGGAGUACACUUGGAAGAUGAGGAAAUUGAUCUUCUCAAGGCUCGUGGGACCUCUGUAGCUCACUGUCCCUCAUCCAAUACCAAUCUCCAGUCAGGUCUCUGUGAUGUGCUGAGAUUGAGAAAAGCAGGGGUUGCUGUAGGGCUUGGAACGGACAUUUCCGGUGGAAGUAAUGUGUCAAUUUUAACGACGAUUAGGGAUGCUCUUGGUGUCUCUCAUCAUCUGAACUUUGUCAAAAAGCAAAAUAUCAAGGGAACUGGAAGCGUUACGCCGCAGAACGAGUUGCAGAAAAAGGUGAACGAAGAAUACGUCCCGAUGAAUUACAAGCAAGCCCUGUACCUAGCGACUUUGGGUGGUGCUGAAGCUCUCAAUUUGUCCCAGAAAAUUGGGAAUUUCGAAGUUGGGAAGGAGUUUGACGCCCUGCUUAUUGAUAUUGAUGUUGAUCCUAUUGAUGUCUACACCCCUAACGUUGAAGGUAUCAAGGACAAGCCUGAAAAUCUUGAGGAACGUAUUCAGAAGUUCAUCUAUACGGGAGAUGAUCGCAACAUUUCGAGAGUUUUCGUUAAAGGAAAACCAGUUAAAUAAAAUUGGUUUUAUUGUUUUUUUUUAUUUUCUUACUCAAUAAAUAACAAUUCAAUACACAAAA